CGAGGUCUGUGAAAGAGUCCUGGAGGCAGUGCUUGUAAUGGUCACGUGAAGUGAAUCCAAUAGAAUUGCACCAUUGCUGGUUAUGGAAUUAAAACGGAUGAUUACAAAUAAUUACAAGCCUUAAGCAGUAAGGUACAUGUAGCAAACGUGGUAUACAUAUUUGUGGUUUGUUGAAUCUUAACUAAUUAUUGUUUAAACGGUUUUUGCUUUGUGUGUUCCUUCAUUUAACAGCAGACUUAUUAGCAUGACAAAUCUUAACGAAUAAUUUAAAAUAAAACAACACUAAAAACAACGUAGGAACAGUAAAUGUGUUAGAAUAUAAAUUCGAAAUAAUAACAUUAUUGUAGAUUUUAGUUAAUGCGAUUCUGGUUCACCCGAAUAUCAUAUACAUAUCCGGGUCGUAAUCCCGGUCGUUUUCUUUGUGCUAAAAUAUAAACUGCAACGCUUUGUCUAAAUAACCCAUGAAAUGCUGUUACAUAUCGGUUGUCAAAUUAAAAAUAACUCACAAAUUUGCUUUGCAUUAAAAAUACACAAUCACAUUUAAUCACAUCCGGAGGCAGUGUACAAAAAUAAGCUUUCAUAGUCAAAUGUUGUAACAAUUUUCAUUCAUAGGUAGAUAGAUAGACAGAUAAUAAUAAUAUUGGUAGAUUCUACGACAGAUAAAAUAAAAAAAUAAGAACCGCUUUCCUCGAAUAAUACAAAUCCCUUUGUUAGACGUUUUAACAGAAAUUAUAAUUUAGUCCCAAAAUCAUUUUUCAUAUUUUCCAGAGAAAAUAAUCCAGUUGGAAAAAUAAAAUAAACUCAGAAUUGUUAUUCAAGAAGGAUCCAAAAUAUAAGCACAAUAAAUAAAAAUGAGAUCAAUGCGUCCUAAUCCCUCGCAGCCGGCUCCGUUCUGCAGUGUAGCAUUAAGGCCUGUUAGACUGACCUCUUUCCGAAGAGCCCACGGCCUACAGCUUGCCUUGUAUUUGCCUUAUAAUACCCAUACACCCACACACAAUUAUAUACGUUUCCACUCUUCUUUUAGGGAACAGAAGAAACGACGCCCGUGUUUCAAAUCCAAAUUUAUGCUGUGGAGUUUGUUACAGAACGCUGCAUCAGAAAUUAGUAUUAACAUCUAUCUUGCAUAAUCCUAUUAAUGCGACGCUCCAAAAGAAUGUAUCCAUUGCAAAAAUGACUUCAUUCUGGUUGUAAAAAAUCCACAAAUCUACGAGGGAAUAAUGGGGGGUUUCUUUGUUGUGAUCUUGGAGGAAAAAGGCGAAUUCUUGAGGGUGGCUGCUGUCAAGCGCUUUGCCGGCGAAAAGAUUGAUCACCCUUGCUGCCUCUCUACUCGUGCUCUAAAAAUAUCUACCCUGUUUUCCCAUUCGUUUUCAACUUUGACGCAACCAAUUUUCUGAGGUAUUUUAUAAACUAACAUUUUUUUUCUUCGACCAAACUGCAAUAAUAAUGCAUUAUCCAGUUAACACAAACGCAACCUGGCAAGAAUAUUCAUUCGUAAACGCGACCUCAAGAUGAACUUUUGGUUGUUCGCACUGUCAACAGACUAAAGCUCUUCGCACACAGGCACAAACACACCACGGAAAGUUCUUAUUUGCAUUUUAUGCGUCUCACCUUCAUCUUGAUUUCAAGCCUGAAAAUAAGGAAAAUAUUGGUCCAAACUUCAGCAUUUGUUUUUUUCUGACCUGGAUUUUACCUCAAACCCAAUCGCGUUAAGAUCCUGUGGUUUCAGGAAUUCUUCAGAGACUGGCCAAAACUAAUAAAAAAGGAUACCCUUCUACAAAAAAAGGCUAGUUGGGAAUCUCCUAUUCGACAAGUGUGGAAGAUAAUCUCAACAUCCCUCUUGUACAUCCUUAUUUAUGUGCUUGAUGUAAAAAAAAGAUUUCUAUAGCUGCAUAUCUUGUCUGUUACUCUUGUCAAAACUUUUAAGAUUAAUGACCAUUGAUUAUAAAUACGCAAGAAGCCAUAUUGUGGAUGUGCUUAUCAGGCGAGGCCUGUGGAUUACAUCACCCACAGUUCUGCAUUUGGAUGGUUACUGACAGUCAUCAGAGACCCUCAAUUUACUUUCCCAGACAAACACUUGUGUCCGAGCACAUGGCAACCGGGAGCUUUUUUUAUUCGCUAUGAGGUCUGAAUUUGUAAUAUCCUGUUGUAUUUUUUAUCAGUUCAGACAAAUAUUGCUUUCUUUUGCCAUCAGGCCCCGAAUUUCGAUUGGCUGAGAUUAGUCACGUGACCAGGAAUUGGCUGCAAUUUCGCCCAUAGUCUUCAGUUUAGUAGACCCUGGUCCCCAUACGCUAGUAAUAUCACCAAUAUACACAAUUAUUAAAGCCCGCAAAUGCAGUCAUAGCAGAGGCGCAAAAAACCCUAGCUUUUUGGAUGUUAUUUUUUGCGUACGUUGGUGUCGCUGGACGCCCUUCUUGCCCAGGCGAAGCGAUGAAUUUUGAAUUUGAGAGGGAGAUUGGGUUCAUCAACAGCCAGCCUUCCCUUGCAGAGUGCCUGACGUCUUUCCCCGCUGUCCUGGAGUCAUUUCAAACUUCAUCAAUCAAGGACUCGACAGCAAUUCCACCUCCUUUCGAGCACACCAUCCCUAGUCUGAGUCCCUGCACAGGCAACCAGGCGCGACCGAGGAACCAAAAGCGAACUGCCUCUAAUGGCCUCCAGCUCCGGACACAAACGGCACCGCCGACGCAGCACCAGCAAGGCCCGGCCCCGCUGUCGGGUGGCGCGCCCCUGGCCCAUGAGUUUCCAUGGAUGAAGGAAAAGAAAUCCGCGAAGAAGUGUCCCAAGCCCGGAGCCUCAACAGCGACAGCCUCGCCCUCUCAGGCAUCCUCCGGCUACACGACCGCGGGACUCGAGUCUCCGACAGAGGUUCAAGGUGGGCUGGAUAACAGUAGCGGUUCACGGAGGCUGAGGACCGCAUACACAAACACGCAGCUACUUGAACUGGAAAAGGAGUUCCACUUUAACAAAUACCUCUGUCGGCCCCGACGCGUUGAAAUAGCAGCACUUUUGGAUCUAACAGAGCGCCAGGUCAAAGUUUGGUUUCAAAACCGACGUAUGAAGCACAAACGGCAAACUACGCACCACCGGGAUGGGCAAGAAGGCGAACAGAGCGGCUUCGACUCCCUGGACGGAAACGACGCUGCUUCGCCUUACUCGAGCCAAUCUCUGGAAAUAUCUGGUUCUGGUUCGGCAGCACCUUCUGAGAGCGAGACAAAUUCCUCCUACACGAACGGUGCGGACAAAAGCCAGCCUACGCCUGAAGAGAGCGAGCCGGAGCCCGCAUCUGCUCCUGACACAGCGGUUCACUCCCCCCAAUACCCAACGCCUACUGCAGAUAACCCCACCACAAUGGGCGAGGGCCGCGCAGCUGGGCCGGAGCAUUCGUUCACAGAGACGCAGGAUGCCACCUCUCUACCAGAUUUGAAUUUCUUUUCGACGGACUCCUGCCUACAGAUUUCGGACGCUUUAUCGCCGAGUUUGCAGAGUUCACUUGACAGUCCUGUUGACUUCUCCGAGGAAGAUUUUGACUUGUUUACAAGCACCCUUUGUACUAUAGAUUUGCAACAUUUGCAGUUCUGAACAAAAGUAAUGAUAUCAAAAAGCAUACAAGAACAAUUUCCAUCUUAUCUGUGUCAUGAAUGCUUCUCUACAGCAACAUUCCUAAUAUAAGACAGAAAAAAGAAACAUCUAAAGGGUUUUUAACAAAUAGAUGUGACUCAAAGCCUAAACGGAGAGAAAUUGUGCAUUAUUUUGAAAACACGGUGAUGUGUAAUCGUUUGAAUACAGGUCGGGAUGGCCCCUGUCGAAGUUUCAGGUAUUUUAUUGCCUUUUGAUUCUCGGAUUUUAGUUUAUGUCGAUUAAUAGACGAAUGGCUGCGGACUUUUUCAGUGAAACUCAAUCAUUGGAAUCUCAGGAAUUGUGUCAGACAUAAGGGUAGUUGAACUGCUUUUAGGAAUUCUUCCAAGACGGGCGUUGUCCCCGGUGAAUAAUUUUAGAACUAGUUUAUUUAUUGAGAUUCUUUAAUAGUAAAUUUCAAAUUUAUUUAUUGUACGUUAUUUUCAUAGUUGAAAUAAUAAAACACUAAAACAUAA